AUGGCUGUAUUCCAAUUACCCUUGCCUCCUGCGACCGCUCUUCAUGAGCCUGCCGAAGAACAGGAAGUGGGAAGCAUCCAUGACUACAAGGAUGGCACCCGCGCAUGGGUGACUGGAUCUUCAGACUUGAAAGAGUCCCAACACUACCCGGUCCUCUUUGGGAGGGCCAUGGCAGAGGUUGUCAACAAGAACAAAGAGUUCUUGGUGGAAAGGAUCACCGCCCGGAGGACAGCCCCUGUCUGGAUGAAUGCACCUAUGAGUCCUGCGAAGAGACUGAAGAAAGCAGAGAAACAUGCGACACAGAAGGUUGAAAGUAUCCUGAAAAGUGUAGCUACGCCCCAGAAGCUGAAGCGGAAGUUGAGCUUUCAGGAAAGGCCUACUGUCACUGAGAUCGUGCCUGAGAAUCCAGGUCCAUCCAAGGCACGGGCCAAGAAGAAGAGUGGGGCUAUGUCUGAGGACGACUUUUCCAGUACUGAUGAUGACUCAUCGUCAAGCUCUGGGGAAGAUGAGGAUCAGAAGGCCUGGUAUGCUUACCGGCAUCUCAGUGAAAAGGAGCGAAGGGAACUAAUCUACCCAAUGUCAGACAUUCAGAGAUGGAUGAGAUCUGGAUCAAUUUGGUGUUACCUUGCUGCGCUGGAGGCCGAAGCAAACGAAGCUGAGGAUGGUGAGAAAGAAGAGAAGAAUGAUGAAGAAGAAGGCGGUGACGAAGAAGAUGAGGAUGAGGAUGAGCAGAAAGAUGGAUCAGACGAAGAAGCAAAUGACGAGGAGCAACAAGAUGAGGACGGUGAUGAGGACGAUGAAGAAGAAUCAGAGGAGAAUUCAGACGAAGCCAGCACUAGUGCUGAGGCUGAUGACGAAGAGGAAGACGACCAGGAAUCUUCUGAUGAGGAUGAGGAGGACUCAAUGGAGCUGAAGAAAGAGAAUGAGAAGAAGGAGGAGAAAGACACACAGAAGGAGAGUGGGAAGAAGAAGGGAGGAGUCAAGGAGGACCACUCCAGUGGGUCCGAGAAGGAAAAGAAGAAAGAAAAGAGUGAAGGAAAAAACAAGACGGCAGCAAAAGAGGCACCAAAGGACAAGAAGAAAGGAGGUGAGAAGGAGGCAGGCUCGAGCGAGGCCAAGAAGAAAGGAGGUGAGAAGGGGGCAGACUCGAGCGAGGCCAAGAAGAAAAGAGCAGACUCGAGCGCGCUGUCCAAGAAGAAAGGAGAUGAGAAGGAGGCAGACUUGAGCGACGCCAAGAAGAGGAAAGGUAAAGGUGAUGAGAAGAAGGAAGAGUCGAGCGAAGCAAAGAAAGGUAAACGUGAGAAGGAAGAUGUCAAGAAGGAAGCAAAGGAGGAGCCCAAAGAGAAAAAGAACAAAGGUGACAAAGAUGGCAGGGAAGCACAAGCAAAGAAGGCAGAGAAGGAAGGUGGGAAAAGAGAAGAGCACGCAAAGAAGAAUAAGAAGAGAGGAGAUGAGAAGGACGCAAAGAAGAAGAGAGAAGGCGAGAAGGUUGAGAAGACAAGGACAUCAUCAAAAGACAAGAAGUCAAAGGGAUCAGGUGAGAAGGAGGAAUCCAGAGGUGAUGCAAAGAGAAGGAGAAAAGAAAGGGAGAAGAAGAAAGCUGAGCGGUUUGACCCAAGCGCGGGUGCAGAAGAGACAAAGGGUGACGGAGAGAGUGAGGAAGAGAAGAAGUGCCUCGAGCUGGUCGAGGCAGAAAUGGAAGUGGAUGCAAAGGGAGAGGGUAUGGACGUCGUCAACUCUUCCACCCACCGUGCAGAGUGGAUGCGCUAUACAAGAUGGCUGAAGAACAAGAAGCGCUUCUGCGAAGCUGCAGGCGUCGAGCCGGAACCGGCUGACUUGGGUGUCGGUGAAGCCGCUGCCAUUGGCGCGGGAAAAGGCCGCGAAAACCUCUCCUAUGGGCAGACGUGUGAAUACAUCCGUGCACAGCUCGGUGAUUCCACUUAUGUCGCCCCUCCAAGGACAGUCUUUAAUUCUGGCUCGACGGCCUCCUCGUCGGCCGCGCCGCCCCGCACCGAUCGAUCUCGCUCUGCUGUAGAAGCAAAGGCCACCAAGGCCAACGCCAAAGGGUCGACUCAGAUCAAGGCCGGGGCUACGUUCGUCGAGGUUCCCAAGCCAUCAUUGCCCAUUCGACUUCCACCUCCACCAAAGGGUCCUGCGCCGAGUCCUCCGACAGCAGAUGACCAUCAGGGGGGGCAUCCGUCUAUCGUCCCACUCGAGCCACCUCCGUCCAUCCCGUAUGGGGACACAGAACCACUUGACGCUCCGGGUCCUAAUGAAUAUAGCUACCGUGGCCGCAGCAAUCCCGAGCAGAUUCCGGUUCUCCGACCUGUCAAAGCAGUUCCCCCUGUCCCUCUCGAUGCUGACCAGCUUGACAUGAGCGCCUUGCAGCAGCAAGACGCCAACCUCGAAGCACUAAAUAACAAGGUCGUGCAUGCCAAGGCCCACGCGUCCAGUGCGUUGGGUGGAGCAUCGCUUCGUGGCGAGCUCGGGCAAGCGUUGUCACACGUGAGGUCAGAGAACACAGCAGAGGAGGAAGAGGACGUCGUGGUUGAGGAGGAGGAGGAAGAGGGCCAAGGGGCCGCCUUGCCUGAGGCACCCGAGUCUGAACAAGACCAGCCAACAACGAGUGCAAAAGCCGCUGCCUUAGGGGAUGUUGACCAGAUCCUCCUUCGCCACGAGCAGUCCCUUCUUGAGCAAACCCGUUCAGAGAUCAAGUGGGGCUUCAGAGGAGAAAAAUGGAUGUUGGAUCGGCAUGGUGAGAAGAAGGGGAGGAAGUUGAUGAACAGAAAGAAGGAACUUGGCUUGACCUGUGCCGACCCAGAGUUGCCCGACGACAAGGACGAGCUCCUCUACUUCACACUUGUUUGCUUGGAUGUGGCAAACAUCAACGAAGUCUCCCGCUUGACAAGAAUGGAGCUUGAAGGCUGCAUUGAUCAAGCUGGGUUGGAGGAGUUCACAAAGGUGGUUGAGGAAACCCCGCUUGCCAAAGCCCAAGCGCUGCUCGCCCGAGUUCUGAAGGAUGUGAACGACUGCAGGAUUGACUUUAUUCAAAGCUUAUUCAUACAGACCCAAGCCUUCAGGUUGCAGCCUAUCAAGCUUGGAACAGACCUGAUCGCGCAGCUGAUGGCAGUCGCAACCAAGCUGGAGGGCUUGGCGGGGAGGCUCCAGGAGCUUGUGAAAAAGAAGAACAACAAAAACAAGCACUACCGUGAGAUCAUCUUAGAGGCUUUCGUGGACAAGCACACCAAAAUCUGCCGUGAGCGAAUCGACUUGGGGAAGGCGCUGGUUCGGGCCAGCGAAAAAGCUGGACAGCCGAAGGCAUCUGCAAAGCCCAAGGCAGCUCCUAAGGAGCCUAAGGACCCUAAGGAGAAGAAAGGUUAG